GCUGUCAAACGCUGCAGAGAGAGGGAGGGUCAACAUGGCGUCCGAGCAGGAGAGCUCCAAUGGACCGGUGAAGCGGUCAAUGAGGGAGAAGGCCAUUGAGCGCCGCACCGCCAACAAGGAGCACAACAGCAACUUCAAGGCCGGCUAUGUGCCCAUCGAAGAGGAGCGUCUGCACAAGACAGGGCUGCGGGGACGCAAGGGCAACAUGGCCAUUUGCAUCAUUGUCCUGCUCUUCCUGCUGGCUCUCAUCAACCUCAUAAUUACUUUGGUGAUCUGGACAGUCAUUCGUAUAGGCCCUAAUGGCUGUGAUAGCAUGGAGUUCCAUGAGAGUGGUCUGCUGCGUUUCAAGCAGAAGGCAGAUAUGGGUAUAGUGCACCCUCUUCAGAAGAGCACAGUGGGUGGCAGGAAGGACCAAGACCUGAUCAUCACUGGCAACAAUAACCCGGUAGUGUUUGAGCAAGGAAACACCAAGUUGAGUGUUGAAAAGGAGAAGACAUCCAUCACCAGUGACCUUGGAGUGUCCUUCACUGACCCCCGGACCCAGACCACGUUCUUUAGCACUGACUAUGACAGACACGAGUUCCACCUGCCCAAAGGUGUAAAAGUGCUUAGUGUCAAAAAGGCUUCAACAGAAAGGAUAACCAGCAAUGCAUCAUCUGACCUGACCAUUAAAGGAGAUGGCAAGGCCAUAGUCCGUGGUAACGAGGGAGUAUACAUCAUGGGGAAGACUGUGGAGUUCCGGAUAGGGGGAGACGUGGAACUGAAGGCUGACAACAGCAUUGUGCUCAACGGCUCUGUCAUGUUUGCCUCCACUCUCAUGCCAAAGUCCUCAGCGAAGGGGGAACUCUACUUUGACGAGAACAUGAUAAGGUAUAAGCUGUGCAUGUGUGCAGAUGGCACACUGUUCCAGGUCCAGGUCAAGUACCGCAACAUGGGCUGCGCAACGUCCGACAACCCCUGUGGAAUGGCUCACUAAGAGAGAGAGAGAGAGAGAGAGAGAAAAUCAGGGAGUGAAAGAGAAAGAAAAAAUGGACUGCAACUACCGUUCCACCCAGUCAGCUAACAUGGGAAUUCAUAUCAGGUCAUACCUAUAUUCAUGCCCCCCAUCCAUUUACCCUCAUGCACACACGAGAGUAAAACAGAAAGAAAAAAACAUGCUGAUUAGAGUACCAUGUUUAACAAGUAAAUUAAUAACGUUACACAUUAUUUUGUGCCAUGCAGUAUUUUGGCCAAAGAUUACUCACUGCUUUAGCUUUGUUUCAGUGCCACUAUUUUGUAUCGAUUUUUGAAACACUACCAUGGUUUUUACCCACAUGUAUUAUUAUCCUGUCCAAAGUUUACAAGAGUAGAGAGGUGAAAAUGAAAAUGAAAAUGAAGGGAUUAAUGUAAUACUUUUCUAAUGUUCCAAUGCAGUAUUACAGAUGCGUCACAUCACUUGCCUCCCAUCCUAUCUGUCCGCACACGCCCAGACACAUACCUGAACUGAUACUAAUACAUAUCUGUUACACCUACGUUGCUUAUCAACCAUUUUAUGGGCUCAUGUACAUAACUGCUGGCAGCUUUGUGUGGUGUAUAAUCCCAAGUUUGGAUUUGUAGGAAUUCACUUUGUUGUGGUGGUACCGCAAAAUGGUCACAGCUAAUGAGUGAUGUUUUCAUGGGAAUGAUGUUGAUUUAGAAAUUUGUACAACCAGUAAUAUCUGUCACUCACUGAUUAUUCAGCACAGCUGGUUUGCUGUUACACAUUCAGUUUAUACAGUACCUCUCUGAAGAGGCCUUUCUAUAUUAUUCCUGUUUUGUUUUUAGUUUUUGGCCUGAAAAGGCAAUGAUAUUUAUCAGCAGUCUCCCUAAACUGGACAUGUCUGAAAAGUUCCACUCACAAUGCCUCUCUUUCUUAUCACUACUGUCCAUGCUAGUCGUGCCAAAUAUAUGUACUUGUGUGUCAGUGUGGUGAAGGAGGUUUCAAGAACCCUUGUCCAGGAGCUUUCCUGAGGUAAUCUAGGGUGUUAUGAUAAAUACAAUGUUACUGUAAACUCUUUAAAACGGCAUCACUACAUCAAGAGAUGGUUGAUUUGUUGUUAGUCUUGUUGUUGAUUUGUUGUGUUUUGUACCGUCUAGGAUUAUUUUCACUAAAAAGCAACCACUCAUCUCAUUUCGCCUUACGCUGCAAAAAUCAGGAACAUGCACUGCGUUAUUCUAUAUAUUACACUACAACAAAAUCUGUUAUUUUUGAGAAACGGUCAGUGCACAGAAAGGAGUGUGCUUAUUUUUAAUAUCUUUUGAUAAGAUUAAUGUAGGAAAAAAAGAGUGGUGUGAUAUUUUGUGCAAUAUACCAUUUACCGUUAUGGGUUUUGAUGGCGUUGUUUCAUGUGUGGUAUUUAUUUGAGUUGUCUUUGAUUUGACUUGAAUAAAACAGAAUUAAACCACAAAA